AUGACCAUCUGGUGUGAGGGGACCCCAGGGUCUGAGGAGUACCAUCUGGAGAAAGAGGGAAGCCCAGCACCAUGGAAAACACAGGAGCCACUGGAGUCCGGUGACAAGGUGAUGUUCUCCAUCACCCGCAUGACAGAGGGUUAUGCUGGUAGAUAUCGCUGUCAGUAUCGAAGCCCUGCUGGCUGGUCAGAGCGUAGUGACCCCCUGGAGCUGGUGGUGAUAACAGGAUCCUACAGCAAACCCAGCCUCUCAGCCCUGCCCAGUCCUGUCGUGACCUAUGGAGAGAACGUAACCCUCCAGGACAGCCCCCAGGUGUGCUCACCACUUAGUGACCCCCUGGAGCUCCUUGUCUCAGGUGAGUAUGGGAAGCCCUCCCUCCUGAGCCAGCAGGGCCCCAUCGCAGCCUCUGGACAGAACCUGACCCUCCAGUGUCGCUCUGAUGUCGGCCUUGACAUAUUCAUUCUACACAAGGAGCGGGGACGGGUCCAACCCAAGAGGAUUUUCCUGCAGAUCCAGGCUGGGCUCUCUCAGGCCCACUUCCCCCUGGACACUGUGAGCAGCUCCCACGGGGGCCGGUACAUAUGCUACGGGGGAUGCAAGCUCUCCUCCAAGUGGUCGGCCCCCAGUGACCCUCUGGACAUCCUGGUGGCAGGACACCUGUCUGAUAGACCCACCCUCUCGGUGCAUCCAGGCCCCAGGGUGGCCCCAGGAGAGAACGUGACCCUGCUGUGUCAGUCCCAGAGCCCGAGGAACACGUUCCUUCUGUCCAAGGAGGGGGCGGCCGAUCCCCCCCUAAGUCUGAGAUCAGAGCAUCGAGGUCGGCAGUACCAGGCGGAGUUCUCCAUGAGCCCUGUGACCUCAGCCCACGGGGGCACCUACAGGUGCUACAGCUCAGUCAGCACCUCCCCCUACCUGCUGUCACUCCCCAGUGAGCCCCUGGAGCUCCUGGUCUCAGGGCAAAUCUCUCACAGGGACUCUCUUCCAGGGCUGAGUGUGGGCCUCAGGACCCCAGUGCAGGCAGGGGCCAUCCCCAAACCCACCAUCAGGGCUGAGCCAGGCCCUAUGAUCCCCUUGGGGAGCCCCGUGACCAUCUGGUGUCAGGGGACCCCAGGGGCUGUGGAGUACCUCCUGUAUAAAGAGGGAAGACCACAACCAUGGAAAAGACAGGAGCUACUGGAGCUGGGGGACAGUGCCAAGUUCUCCAUCACAUACAUGACAGAGCAUGAUGCUGGGAGAUAUCGCUGUUACUAUCGCAGCCCUGCUGGCUGGUCAGAGCCCAGUGACCCCCUGGAGCUCCUGGUCCCAGGACACCUGCCUGACAGACCCUCCCUCUCGGUGCAGCCAGGCCACAGGGUGGCCUCAGGAGAGAAUGUGACCCUGCUGUGUCACUCACAGAGCCCAAGGAACACGUUUCUUCUGUGCAAGGAGGGGGAAGCCGGUCCCCCACUGCGUCUUAUAUCAAAGUAUCGAACCGGGCAGUACCAGGCAGAGUUCUCCAUGAGCCCUGUGACCUCAGUCCACCGGGGCACCUACAGGUGCUACAGCUCAAACGGCACCUCCCCCUUCCUGCUGUCACUCCCCAGUGAGCCCCUGGCGCUCCUGGUCUCAGGUGAGUAACCCCCGGCCCUUUCUGCUGAGCUGUCAGCUCAGGGUCCUGGCCCCAGAAGGAUUAAGGGCUUGAAAGGGAGGGAGGGGCUCUGGGGAUCAUCACGCAGAGGAGAUCUGACACUCAGAGACCUUCUGCCCCGUGCUUAGCCCUCCCCCUCACCUGGUCCAGAAGGUACCACGUGGGCAGUGUGAGGGUCUGAGGGCAGAUACAGGAGGAGUCUGAGUGAGGUGGGGAGCCCAGGGUUGGCCCCAGAAUCUCACACUUGGUCCUCCUUCCCAAGACCCUCUGGUACCCUGACUCCCCAACAACAGGGACCAUGUCCACAGUUGGUCAAUCCUGGGUCCCCUUUGCUCAGAGGGAGCACUGUCCACCCCAGGGAGUUCUUAGUCUCUGAGAGGAUCUAGUGCCCAACCACCACCCCCCACUCGGAGAGAGACUUGUGUCCCAGGGGACCCAGGAGUCCGGGAGAAAUUUCAGGGAACUACUGUGCUCCAAGUUCUCUGAGGAUUCUCCCCCCACCCCAUGGAGUCAGGCCUAAGAGGGAGAAGUGAGGCAGGUGACAGGUGGGUGGUCAUGGCAGAGGGAGAUGUUGGGACCCAGAGUGAGGGAGGAGCAGAGGCCAGAAAGUUGGAGAGAGGACAGGAGGACACUCCCUCAGCUGCUCAUUUCCAGAGCCCCUUGGAUGGAAGCCCUCACCCACACAGGUGGGGUCCUGAUCCUUCUCAGAGCAGGACAGGUGGCUGCUCUGGCCAAGGUGAGAACUGCUGUGGGUGAUGGUAUGGUCCCCACUGCUGUAGUGAGAAGUGUCCCCACCUGUGGGCACUACUCUGCAAGGCCCUGUUCCCCCUGGAGGCCUCCAGGCCCUCAGUGCCCACCUGAGACUCAGGGGGACCAUGGAGGGCUCAUGAGGAACUAGCGGGUCCUGCCCAGACACUGUGUGAAAUUCACGUUUGCUCUCUGCAUUUUCUGUGCAUACCUCUCUAUUAUUGCUCUUUUGCUGGGAACUUGUAGGCAAUACUUGCAUAUAUGAUUUUA